AUGUAUGAAACAAAUUAUUCUGAAGUGUCUGAAUUUAUAUUCUUGGGACUUUCUAACUCUAGACCGAUGCAGCAUUUUCUUCUUGUCUUUGCUACGGUGUUUUAUGGAAUGAUAGUUUUGGGAAAUCUUCUUGUUAUACUUACAGUGACUUGUGAUCUUCAUUUACAUUCUCCAAUGUACUUCCUUCUAGCCAAUCUCUCUUUCAUUGAUAUGUGUCUUUCUACCUUAACAGUUCCCAAGAUGAUUUUUAAUUUGUCUUCUGGACAUAAAGCCAUAUCCUUCCAUGGGUGUGUUUUCCAAAUAUUUAUCCUUCACAUUCUGGGUGGAUCUGAGAUGGUAUUGCUCAUUGCCAUGGCCUUAGAUCGAUACGUAGCCAUUUGUAAGCCCCUUCAUUACUUGACUCUUAUGAGUCCACGGAACUGCGUCUUGCUUGUCUCUGGUUCCUGGACUGUAGGCCUCCUUCACUCAGUGAUCCAGUUAGCUUUUGUUGUCCAUUUGCCGUUUUGUGGUCCCAACAAGAUAGAUAGCUUUUACUGUGACCUUCCUUGGUUUAUAAAACUUGCCUGCAUUGACACCUAUAAUUUGGAAUUCAUGGUUACUGCCAACAGUGGGUUCAUUUCUAUGGGCACUUUCUUCUUAUUGAUUAUCUCUUAUAUUUUCAUCCUGCUCACAGUAUGGAAACAAUCUUCGGCUGGUUUGUCCAAGGCCUUCUCUACUCUCUCAGCUCACAUUACCGUGGUGAUUUUAUUCUUUGGACCAUGCAUUUUUGUUUAUGUGUGGCCGUUUCCCACAGUGCCAGUGGAUAAGUUUCUUGCCAUUCUGGACUUCCUGAUAACACCCAUUCUGAAUCCUGCUAUUUACACAUUGAGGAACAAGGACAUGAUGAGUGCAAUGAGGAGACUGAGUAGCCAACUGCUGAAUUUGAGGAAAAGCCUCUAA